UUGGUGCUGGGGCAGCAUUGUUCUCCCUCCUCCCCGCCCCCCCACCUCACAGACCCCAUCACCGUAGGAACUGAGCCAGCCAAUCAGAACACCCAGUUUUCAAAGGGCAGCCUUAUAAAUUGAGUCACCUCUCCCCAGACAGGCCACGAGCAACAUUCAGAAGCCUCCCUGGACCCCCUCCUCCUGGACAAACCAAUUCCGUUGCCCCCCAUUUUCCUCAAGGAAGAAAAGGGGGAGUCUUCUGCCCAGAAUGCUCAGAGACAAGUGCCAAGCCUACAGUCACCCAGCUUAGCGCUCCAAACCCACACACGGCCACACCAUGCAGGAGCGACUCAGGAGCCCCUGAAAGUUUCCUGUAGUAACCUGGGGAACACCCGGAGCAGUGAGAGCCAUGCGUUGGGCACGCGACACCCCAGCCUGGAGCAAUGCAGUCACUCCAGCCUGCUGAGCAGCGGGUACGAAGGCGACGAGGAGAACAGCGAGGUCAGCUUGGUGGGCAGUCAUCGAACCAUCCGGGUGAAUAAAAAGCCCAACCCCCAGAGUGAGCCCAGCCUGUUGGGCGGCGGCGGCAGCAGCAGCAGCAGCAGCAGCCUGCCCAGCAUCAGCUUCGUCAGCCUGGGCAGCAGCGCUCUGACCUUCCAGGUGAGCAGCGGGCUGUUCUCCACCGCCAGCAGCCUCCCUUCCACCCAGGCCAACAGCCGCCAGAGCAUCGGGCUGGACAGCGGUGAGCAAAGUGGGCCAAGGAGCAGCACCAGUGUCCCGAAGGACAAGACGGGGGCCGACAUGAAAAACAGCAAAAUGGUGGUCAAGGACGAGCAGCGUGCCCAGACAUCCGCGCCUCUCCAGCAACUGGGUCCUCCUGAAAAACUGCAGGCGUGA